GCCGGGGCACCAGGGAAGCCGCGGAGGGCCUCCGGCUUGGGCAUUCAUUCAUUCACUUAGCGCUUGCUCUGCCUCGGGCGCUGGGGGCUGGAUUGUACAUCCGGCGGAUUCCCUCAGACAGCCUGCGGUGGGAUAGGAAGAAGACACGAAAGCAAGCAGGAUGCCGUGGCACUGAGUGCGGUGGUGCUCGGAGCGUCGGAAGCCCCGGACGCGUACUUGGCUUCUGUGGGAAGUAGAGAUGGAAGGGGAGGUGGGAGGGUGGCCUCAGGCAGCGUAAACCCAGGGGAAAGCGGGUUCAGAGGUCUGAGACGCGAAAACCCAAGAGAUCCCUUGCGAUUUCCAAGAACUGAAGAUAAUUCGGCAUGUCCGGAAGUUCAUGCAAAGGGGACUGGACUCGGAGACCAAGAAACAACUAGAAGAGGAAGAAAAGAAAAUCAUUAGUGAAGAGCACUGGUAUUUGGAUUUGCCAGAGCUUAAAGAAAAAGAGUGUUUCAUAAUAGAAGAGCAGAGUUUCUUGUUAUGUGAAGAUCUUCUCUAUGGAAGAAUGUCAUUCAGAGGAUUUAAUCCUGAGGUUGAGAAAUUAAUGCUCCAGAUGAAUGCUAAGAACAAAGGGGAAGAAGUUGAAGGUGAAGCAGUGGAGCUCGAUGUGUCAGAUGAAGAAAUGGCCAGAAGAUAUGAGACCUUGGUGGGGACAAUUGGAAAAAAGUUUGCCAAAAAAAGAGACCGUGCCAAUUAUGAAGAAGAUGAAAAUGGACACAUAAAACCAACAGUUAAAGUAAAGAAGAUGUUUCUAAAGCCCCAGGAUUAAAGUAAAUGCUUUGAGACAGAGCUCAGGAAAGCCUCGAGAGAGUUAGCAUAUUGUGGAACUCAUUCUGAUGGCUUCUCUGUAGUUAUUAAUACUAUAAUGUUUAUUUGUAAAGAAAUGGAUAAUUUUGGAAAUAUGCCAUUUUUGAAACAGAUGUGUGGUGGAUGUUAUACAUCCUUUACUCAAUGGUGUUCAUCAGGAAUGGAUUUUUAGCCCUCGAUCUUCAAAUGUACAGAGGUAUGUGGUUGCUUCCUAAAGAUCGUUUUGACCUCAGAUUUUUUUUUUUUAAUGGAGCGUCCCGGUCCCUUGAAUUGACACACAUAAACCAAUGUCUAAAUUGCCCUUAUGUUUGUAUUUUACUUUAAAUUAUUAAUCAUGUCAAGCCAAUUUAUCCAUACAUUUUGGAAUCGAAUGUCAUGAGGACUUAGCAUAUAUAAAUUCAUUAAGAACAAACAUGCCUCUCCAGCCUGAAGUACUUGCAUGCUGCCAAGUCAUUGUUAGUUUGUGGAAUUACGGAUUUUUGUUUAAAGCUUUUAUUAAUAAAAAUUGUUCUGUAAUAA